CGAGUCCACCGUAGCAUUGCUGGUGACUAAACUAACAGUGACGAGCGCCACAACCACGGACGAGUUGAAGCUGAAAAGACAUUGCGGAAUCAUUGGAACAGCGCAAGUCUUAGAGGAGAUGUUUUGUUUGUGUCAAAUGCGUUACGUAAGGUGAGGUAGCGAUUCGAAGGGGAGGAGACGGACGAAUCAAUCAGGCAAGAAUUUGAUGUCUGGAUAUGCUUAGCUUAUCAAUGGCACUGAGAGGAAGGAGCAUAUGAUAGACCUAUAUUUGGCGAGGGGUGAGGUUUGUGGCAGCCAUAUAGCAGCCAUGGUGUCCAGAUCUUACUCCAAUUUGCUGGAUCUAUCGUCCCCGGCAGAGGGCACGGCGUCGCCCCGGGGCCGACGAUUGCCGCGCGUCAUGACGGUGGCGGGGCUGUGCAGCGACAGCCGGAUCAUCGAGGACGACAGCGCGUCCGAGGCGGCCUCCAUCUCGCACAGCAGCCGGGUGAUCAUCGUCGCCCACCAGCUGCCCCUCCACGGCGAGCGCCGCCCCGACAAUCUCCUCUGGAAUUUCAGGUGGGAUGACGAUUCGCUGCUGUUGCAGCUCAAGGAUGGGCUCCCCGAGGAGCUGGAGGUGGUGUACGUCGGCUGCCUGCGCGUGGACGUGCCCAUGAGCGAGCAGGACGAGGUGGCCGCCAUCCUCCUCCGCGAUUUCAACUGCGUGCCCGCCUUCCUGCCGCCGGAUCUCCACGGCCGCUUCUACCACGGGUUUUGCAAGCAGCAGCUAUGGCCGCUCUUCCACUACAUGCUGCCGCUCACCACGGACCCCGGCGGCCGCUUCGACCGCCUCCUGUGGCAGGCCUACGUCUCCGCCAACAAGAUCUUUGCGGACAAGGUGAUGGAGGUGAUCAGCCCCGAGGAGGAUUUCGUGUGGCUGCACGACUACCACCUCAUGGUGCUGCCAACCUUUUUGCGCAAGCGCUUCAACAGGAUCAAGCUGGGCUUCUUCCUCCACAGCCCCUUCCCCUCGUCGGAGAUCUACCGCACGCUGCCCGUCCGCGAGCAGAUCCUCCGGGCGCUCCUCAACGCCGACCUCAUCGGCUUCCACACCUUCGACUACGCCCGCCACUUCCUCUCGUGCUGCAGCCGGAUGCUGGGCCUCGAGUUUGAGUCGCGGAGGGGAUACAUCGGCCUCGAGUACUACGGCCGCACGGUGGGCAUCAAGAUCAUGCCGGUUGGCAUCCACAUGUCGCAGCUCGAGGCCGGGCUCAAGCUCCAGCAGACCAACGGCCGGGUGGAGGAGCUCAGCGUCCAGUUUGCGGGGAAGAUCGUGCUGCUGGGCAUGGACGACAUGGACAUAUUCAAGGGGAUCGGCCUCAAGUUCCUGGCGAUGGAGGAGCUGCUCAACCAGCACCCCGAGUAUAGAGGAAAGUUGGUGCUCGUCCAGAUUGGGAACCCGGCCAGGGGGCGGGGCAAGGACGUUCUCGAGGUCCAGCACGAGGCUUACGCGGUGGCGAAGCGGGUGAACCAGGCCUACGGCCGCGAAGGCUACCAGCCGGUGGUUCUCAUCGAGAGGGACAUGCCGCUGUACGAGCGGAUCGCUUACUACACCAUCGCCGAGUGCUGCAUUGUCACGGCCGUCCGCGACGGCAUGAACCUCAUCCCUUACGAGUAUAUCGUCUGCCGACAAGGCAUGGGCGAAGAAGGUGACGAGCACGAAGCCGAUGAUGGACUUGGCCGCAUCGGGGUUAUUACAGUGGAGGACAGUGACAAGCCCAAGAAGAAGAGCAUGCUGGUGGUGUCGGAGUUCAUCGGCUGCUCGCCGUCGCUGAGCGGGGCCAUCCGCGUCAACCCCUGGAACAUCGAGGCUGUGGCCGAGGCGAUGAUAAUGGCGGUCAGCAUGCCCGAGGCCGAGAAGCACGCCAGGCACGAGAAGCACUUCAAGUACGUGAGCUCGCACGACGUUGCGUACUGGGCGCAGAGCUUCAUGGCGGACCUGGAGAGAGCUUGCCGGGAUCACUCGCGGAGGAGGUCCUACGGGAUCGGGUUCGGGCUGGGCUUCCGGGUGGUGGCGCUGGAUCCAAACUUCCGGAGGCUCAUGACCGAGCACCUCGUGUCCGUGUACAGGAGGAGCUCCUGCCGGGCGAUCCUGCUCGACUACGAUGGAACCAUGAUGCCGCAGACGUCGGUGAACAAGACUCCCAGCCCCGAGGUCAUCUCCAUCCUCAACACGCUGUGUAGCAAUCCCAAGAACGUGGUGUUCAUCGUUAGUGGACGUGACAGACAGAUUCUCCAUAAGUGGUUCUCCCAGUGCGAUAAGCUUGGGCUGGCGGCCGAGCACGGCUACUUCUACAGGUGGUCCAGAGACGAGGAUUGGCAGGCGUGCGUGCCGGUGCCCGACUUCGAGUGGAAGCACGUAGCACUUCCGGUGAUGAGGCAGUACAUGGACAGCACGGAUGGAUCCUACAUCGAGGCCAAGGAGAGCGCUCUCGUGUGGCACCACCGGGACGCCGACCCCGACUUUGGAUCGUGGCAAGCCAAGGAGCUGCUGGAUCACCUGGAGAGCGUCCUCGCCAAUGAUCCGGUGUCCGUCAAGAGCGGCCAGUUUAUCGUGGAGGUGAAGCCACAGGGAGUGAGCAAAGGCGUGGUGGUGGAGCGCUUGCUAUCGUCGCUCGCACAGACGGGCAAGUCACCCGACUUCGUCCUGUGCAUCGGAGACGACCGGUCGGACGAGGACAUGUUUGAGAAGCUGGGGCACGCCAUCUCCUCGUCGUCGGCGGAGGUGUUUGCAUGCACGGUGGGGCAGAAGCCGAGCAAAGCCCGCUACUACCUGGACGACACGGUGGACGUGAUCAAGAUGCUCGAGGCCGUGGCCACCGCGUCCGAGUCGAGCUUGAGUUCGCCGAUGCUUGGUGGCGGCGGCGGCGGCGGCGGCGGCCAUGGAUUCGACUCCCCGUCUCCUUUGCUCACGUUUGCGAGCUCCAUGGAGAAUGCGCUCACAAUGUAGGCCAGGCGCGUUCCUUUCUUUCUUUCUUUCUUUCUCUCUUUUGGAAUCACCGAGCUAACAAAGGUGGGGAGGCGGGCGACCCCUCCACUGAAAACAAAAGCUCGUAAAAGUAAUAUCAUCGCUGUUUGUUGUC